AUGACCGAGCCUGACACUCCAGUGAGCGUGGUCGUGACAAGCACCACAAACGAGCCCACAACGACCGAACCUGAUACUCCCGUGAGCGUAGUCAUGACCAGCACCACAGACGAGCCAACAACGACCGAACCUGACACUCCCGUGAGCGUAGUCGUGACAAGCACCACAGACGAGCCAACAACGACGGAACCUGACACUCCCGUGAGCGUAGUCGUGACAAGCACCACAGACGAGCCAACAACGACCGAACCUGACACUCCCGUGAGCAUAGUCGUGACAAGUACCACAGACGAGCCAACAACGACCGAACCUGACAUUCCUGUGACCGUCGUCGUGACAAGCACCACAGAAGCGAAAAACGUAUUUUCAGUUCGCAGCUGCGGUGGUGAAUCCUUUGAGGGCGAAGUGAUUCUAAGGCCUUGUCCCGAUGACCAGCAAGGAUACCAGCUUUAUAACUGCACCGAAGAUGGAUAUGCAUCGAUCUUUGACUCUUGUCGUUCUUUAAGUGGUUUGAUUGAAGAUCUUUGGGGUGCGCUGGACAAUUCAAGUUCUUUGGACUUAAUAUCUGAUUUGAACGCGGCCGUGGAGGAGGAAGAAGAGUUGUCAGGGGAAGAGAUCGAAGAUAUUGUGGACUUCCUUGGACCGCUGUUUGAAAGAUUUAUCGAUGUCUUGGGCGAAGGUGACAUGGAUGUUGAGAAUUCUGAGAUAUUUCUACGGAACUUCACCUUGCUCACCCACCAAAUCCUUAGUGCUGCCGACGGAUGGAUGAACCUUUCUAUCUGCGAUACAAGUGUGAGUGAUAAUGGGGUGGUAAUGGGCACGAGAGCCCAGUUCAAUGAUUAUCUGUUGGAGCUCUACCAGAAGACCAAGACUCCCAACGACCCAGUGUUUCCAAUAGAUAGGUACGAGAUGCUCAUCGCAGAGGUCAAGGCUCCAAAGAUCAAUGAGAGGAAUGCCCAGCUGGAGCAUUUGCGCCCCCCGGGGGGCCAAAUCCCACCUGAGCGAUAUCAGGAAAGAAAAUUAUUACCUCCAAGAGAGAAAGGUGGCCAGUUUCAGAGCAUCCACGAUCAAAAGGGCCCGAGUACCCCGGUCAAAUCGGAUAACCGAACAGGGACCUUCACAAAGCUUCUCACAACAGUCACUGACUCCUGCCUGCGCCUGUCAGAGACGCUCAUGAAUCAAUUCCACAGACAACUUGCGUUCGAAGAUACCAAACCUACGAUGCUGAUUGAGGUUUAUGGACAAAAGAAGGGAACGAAUGAAAUCAUAUUCCCCAGGAAGGACAGCAAGACAUAUUUGAAGUUGCCAAGAACGUUCGAAAGCGACCUCCAAGGGGACAAUUACUCCUAUGUCGGGGUUUUAUAUGAUAUUCGGGAGAUAAACCAACUGUUGCCUGGACAUCAAAACGCGUUUGGAGAAGAGAAGACCGUUAAUUCUAAAAUUGUUAGCUUCACAAUAAAAUUCAAGGAGUCUUUCAACCUGAGGAAUCCCGUGACUCUCACACUGGAAAAUACGGAUCCGCCCCAAGACCCCCCGUACAAGGAAAUAUGGAGAGACCUUCACGAAAGAGAACAACCAACAUUUGUUCCCCAAAGUCACCGCUGCAGCUUUUGGAACAUGUCUGAACAGGGCAGGGAUCAAUGGGACACGAGAGGCUGUCGCGAAGUGUCAUCUACCAGGGAUCAGACGGUGUGUGAAUGCAGCCAUCUCACCAAUUUCGGAGUUCUCAUGGAUCUUCAUGGAUAUGUCGUGAGUCGGAAA